UUUAUAACUGCAAAAGGUCUAGGACUCCCCACUGGUUGUGACUGUAAUGCAACUGUUCAAUCUGGAGAUAUAUGUGACACAAUAUCCGAAAGACACAACAUCUCUACAUACUUGGCAGUAGUCAACAGUGAAACAAUUGAUCCUGGUUGUGAUAAUUUGUUUAUUGGUCAAGUUUUAUGCCUUGGAAUCAGCGACCAGGAUUGCAAUGUUACCCACAUUAUGCAGACCAGCAACAUGUGUCAUAGCAUUGCCAAUGUGACUGGUAUCCCAAUCAACAUGUUGCUCUAGAACAACCUGAACAUGAAUACCAUCUGCACUAACAUAUAUGCUGGUGAGGUUCUCUGCACUGUGAGCAAGAUCUAUGUGCAUGUG